CUGUCCACUCCUGUAACGUAGGCAUACACUUACCACAACGAUAAUGGGAAAGGUUCAUCUGGAGGAUGAUGAUACAAAAGAACUGAAAACUGAGUUUAGUUUAGUAAAGGUAAAAGGUACCUGGAAGCGCAAACAGGGAAAGAAGGUGACUAAGGAAACAGCUGACUGUGUCUCUGCUGCAAAAAUCUAUGAGAGCAUCACAGAAAAGGGCACCAGUUGGACAGUGGUCAGCCCCAUUGUCUUCACUUACAAGGUAACUGAGACCCAGAACUUGCUGGACCCAAGCAACGACACCCUCCUGCUGGGCCACAUCACCGACCUGCAGCAGCUGGAGGCCAUUAAACAAUCCAACAAGCCAAUCAAACGCUUUGUGGUGGUUGACCAAGAAGUCUACAAAAUCUACGGACCCAAGCUAACUGAAUAUUUAGAGGCAAACAAUGUCCUAUACAAGAUUUUGGCUCUACCCACUACUGAGGAGAACAAAUCUAUGAAAAUGGCCUUGAAGAUCCUAGAGGAGGUCAACAACUUCUCCAUUGACCGCCGCACAGAGCCCAUUAUUGCCAUCGGUGGAGGGGUGUGCCUGGACAUAGUGGGCCUGGCUGCCUCACUCUACAGAAGACGCACCCCUUACAUCAGGGUCCCAACCACACUACUGUCCUACAUCGAUGCUAGCGUGGGAGCAAAGACGGGGGUUAACUUUGCAAACUGCAAGAACAAGCUGGGUGCCUACAUUCCACCUGCUGCUGCCUUCCUUGACCUUUCCUUCAUACAAACUGUUCCACGACGACACAUCUCCAACGGGCUAGCAGAGAUGUUAAAGAUGGCCUUGAUGAAACACAAAGGCCUCUUUGAGCUUCUUGAGACACACGGCCGUAUGCUGUUGGACACAAACUUCCAGGCUGAUAACAGUGUCUAUGGACGCAACUGCUUACAGGUUGCAUCACAAGCGACUCGUAUAGCCAUCGUUACCAUGCUGGAGGAGCUUUCCCCAAACCUUUGGGAGGAUGACUUAAACAGACUUGUGGACUUUGGUCACCUCAUCAGCCCAGCAUUAGAGAUGAAAGUUCUCCCAUCUCUGCUGCACGGUGAGGCAGUGAACAUCGAUAUGUCCUACAUGGUUUAUGUGUCCAAGGAGAGUGGUCUACUGACAGAAGAUGACAAGCAAAGGAUCAUCAGCUGCAUGGUGAACAUGGAGCUGCCUGUCUGGCAUGAGGCAUGUACCAUGGAGCUCAUACAGAAGUCUCUGCAGGAAAGGCUGAAGCAUUCGGGAGGCCUGGUCAGAAUGCCUCUGCCUGUUGGUCUCGGGGAAGCGGAAAUUUCUAAUGAUACAUCUUGUGAGAUCCUGCACAGAGCUUACUCAAAAUGGUGUGAUGAGCUGAACGUCUCCUCUGACAGCAACUGCGACUCUUAACCUGCCCAUCCCACAGCUGCAUCUGUUCAAUCUGUUUUUAUGAGAACAUGUUUACAUUUUGUAGGGAGGUGUAUAUCUACUUCUGGUUUUGUACUCAUUACAGUCAUUGCGAAAAAAGAAACUGCAGUUGAUAGCAUUUAACACUUUAACUGUGUUUUCACAUUAUGCCAGCACUACUAUCGGCUGUUUCUACAUUCUUCUGACCAGCAUGUGUUCUCACAGGCUGUUCUCACAAACCAUUCAUACAAAUAGCUAUGUAAAGUAAUGCACACAGGAUUUCAAGCGGGAGAGCGAAGUAUGUCUUCCCAGAAGAAGUUGAGGAGAAAACACAAGACUUUUUACUCAGGAAACCGAGUGUUUGAGUGUUCGUGUCCCGGGAGUGCUACUUAAAGGGGUGAUAGAAUGAUUAUAUAGGGUAUUUCACACUGUUCCUUAAGGUCUCCUAAUAGGGUAUGUAACAUUGGUUGGACUGAA